UGUUCAGUUCUUUGUUGUUGUUUGGCGUUCGCAUUUCGCCCGUCGUCGUCUGAAUUUUUUAGUGAUAUGCGCGCUAUUUCGGUGAUAAGCAGUGUACUUAACAAAUCAGCGACUGUUGACAAUUUGUAAUGGCCAGUGGGAGCAGCUUGCGAUGUUAGAGUAGACCCAUUCCCCCCCUUCCGCAGACGAACUGCAAGUGCAAACUGCAGUGUAUGUAUGUAAUUUUAUGUAAUUGAACACCCAUUUCCCAAACCCCACCCCCCCAAAAUCCCACAAAGCAUGCAAACACAUCCAAACAUUUGAACAUCCAAGCACCCAAAACAUCGAAGCAUCCGAUAAUCUCGGACUGGUUGCCUCCAAUUGCGCCUCGUUUGUCCAAUUGUGAGGCGCAAAUCACAAGACAAGUCGAAUUGACGCUCAGCCGCCACGCCCCCUUCGCUGCUCACGACCACACCCCCCCUCCCCGCGGGCGGGAAUCAACGAAAAUCAAAAGCCAACAUCCAGCGAUUCAGUUCGGUUUAGUUGGGUUCAGUCGUGCCGACAUAUGCACAAAUAUCCCAGCUUCAAAACGCUGUUUCCCUUCGAUUUGACUACACUUUCCCAACUGGGCAUUUUCGCUAUCAGAAGAGACGCGCUUCACUGCAGCGCCGAUCAACGGAACGGAUCCGAUCUGGACUAGACUGAAUAGCCCUAGAAUAGCCAGGUCGAAAAAGCGCUAGCCAUGAAAUUCGCCGAGCACCUGUCGGCGCACAUAACGCCCGAGUGGCGCAAACAAUACAUUAACUAUGAGGAAAUGAAGGCCAUGCUGUAUUUGGCCGUGGAGGAGGCGCCAUCGGUGGAGAGCGUCGAGGACGACGUGCUGAAGCGGCACUUCGCCAAUUUCGAUGAGAACUUCUUUCACUACUGCGACAAGGAGCUAAAGAAGAUCAAUACGUUCUACUCGGAGAAGCUGGCGGAGGCCACGCGAAAGUUUGCCACCCUGAAUGCCGAACUGAAGACCUCCAUCGAGGAGUCGGAGCGAAGUGCCAAGAAGUCCAAGGGACACAAACGACAUGCCGCCUUGCCGGAUCGCAAGGCGCGCGAGCUGAAGUUGGCCUUCAGUGAGUUCUACCUGAGUCUGAUCCUCCUGCAGAACUAUCAGAAUCUGAAUCACACCGGCUUUCGUAAAAUACUCAAGAAGCACGAUAAACUUUUGCGUGUGGACACCGGUGCCAAAUGGAGGCAGGAGUAUGUGGAGGCCUCACACUUCUUCACCAACAAGGACAUCGACAACAUUAUCAAUGAGACGGAGACGACGGUCACCGGCGAACUGGAAGGCGGCGAUCGGCAGCGAGCGAUGAAGAGAUUGCGAGUACCACCGCUGGGCGAACAGCAGAGUCCAUGGACCACGUUCAAGGUUGGCCUCUUCUCCGGCAGCUUUAUAGUGCUGGUCAUUGUGGUCGUGGUGUCGGCCAUCUUCCACGAGAUUAGCGGCGAGAACCUCAAGGUUACGUUCCGACUCUACCGCGGUCCCCUGCUAAUCAUCGAGUUCAUCUUCCUCAUCGGAGUGAACAUCUACGGCUGGCGGUCGUCUGGCGUUAAUCAUGUCCUGAUCUUCGAGCUGGAUCCGCGAAAUCAUCUAUCCGAGCAGCAUCUCAUGGAACUGGCGGCGAUCUUCGGCGUGAUCUGGACACUCAGCAUGCUGAGCUUUCUGUACAGCGCUAGCUUGGCCAUUCCGGCUUUCAUCAAUCCACUUACGCUUACGCUGAUUAUGGUGCUGUUUUUGGCAAAUCCGUUUCAUGUGCUCUAUCACGACGCACGAUUCUGGCUGUGGCGGAUUACGGGACGAUGUGUGUCGGCACCGUUCUUUCACGUGGGCUUCGCGGAUUUCUGGCUCGGCGAUCAACUCAAUUCGCUGGCCACGGCUAUCCUAGAUUUCGAGUAUCUCAUAUGCUUCUAUUUCACAAAUGGCAACUGGACGGAGGCGAGGGAUGCCUCCAUUUGCAUGGAGAAGGACUUUAUCAUCCGGCCGAUUGUUAAUUGCCUGCCCGCCUGGUUUCGAUUUGCACAAUGCCUGCGUCGAUAUCGCGACUCGCGGGAGGCAUUUCCUCAUUUGGUGAAUGCUGGCAAAUACUCCACAACCUUCAUGGUGGUGAUCUUCGCCACGCUCAAGAGCUUUCACAGUCCGAACUAUGCCAGCACAUUCGAUAAUCCCUAUACCUGGUUGUGGAUUAUCGCCUCGAUUGUGUCCUCUUGCUACGCCUACACGUGGGAUAUCAAAAUGGAUUGGGGUCUGUUCGACAAGAACGCCGGCGAGAAUACUUUCCUGCGCGAGGAGGUUGUCUACUCAUCGACGGGUUUUUACUACUUUGCCAUUUUGGAGGAUCUGGCGCUGCGCUUUAUUUGGGCGCUGUCUUUCUACCUCACCGAGAUGAAAAUCGUUAGCUCAGACAUAAUGACCUCCGUCACAGGCAUUCUGGAGGUAUUCCGUCGCUUUGUGUGGAACUUUUUCCGGUUGGAGAACGAGCAUCUGAACAACUGCGGUAAGUUCCGAGCCGUUCGUGACAUCUCGAUAGCGCCGCUGGACUCCUCCGACCAGGCGCUCAUCCUGCGCCUGAUGGACGAGGCUGACGGUGUGAUCAAUCGCUACACGAAGGCGAACCGACCUAAGCCCAAGAAGGUUAAGGAUCCGGAGAAGCGGAGCCUGCUGCAGACACGCGGAUCGCUGCCCGAUCUCAGGAUCGAUAUGGACAGUAAAAAAUUGUAGGCAACGAUGGCCGCCCACCGAAUUGUGCUUCCUAAUCAACGGUUUUGCGGAACGUCUUAUACGAAAGUUUAUCCGUAAUUCAAUUUACGUACUUUUUUUUCGUCAUUUUUUUUUUUGCGUUGUUUAGCUAAUUUGUAUAUUUAGUGACUAAGUACUUAAAAUUGAGGAGAGACAAUGUCCAGCAAUAAUUAGUGCAUAAGAUUUCUAACUAAUUUAGCAUUCCACGUAUGCGGUUAACUAACGAAAAAGACCAAACCUAUACCUAUUACCUAUACAUUUACCCAUAACCCGUAAUCCGUAACCCGUAACCUUUAGUUCCUAAGCCACAUUUCCACGUUUCCAAAUCCAAUUCGUAAUCCAUACCUUCCACAGAAAUUGGAGUAGAGAACGGCAGUAUUAGUACUUAGAAAAGGCGAACAAAAUAACUAGAAAUGAGAAAAAAAAAAAUGAAACUGCAGCCACCACAUUCCUUUAUCAAUCCAAUCAGUGUAUGUUUAUCGUUAGUCCAUUAGUUAGAUCUGCCUUAUCUGUUAUCUGUCUGUCCACCUGUUGAUUGAUAUACGACAUAGACUGUGACCAAAUCGAAACUUAAACUAAAUUAAACCGAAACAUAAAACAAAUAAAGUUUAAAGAACUUAAACUAGAGCUGAUCCCGAACGGAAUUGUACAUAGUAUACGUAUGCUAGUGCCUGUGUGUGUUCUUUUCGCUCUGCGUGUGUGUGUGUGUGUGUGAGUGUGCAAGGUCUAGAAUUUCAAAGUGAAUUUGAUCAACAGACUUCAAAAGUGCAAUG